GCGUAGACUUUCUCGGGGGGAGAGGGCAUCCGCAACGCGGUUGCUUUUGUCGGGGGUAUGGCAAAUGGUGAAUGUGAACUGGGCAAGGAAGUCUAGCCAGCGGGCUUGGCCUGGAGUGAUAUCUUUCUUGGAGAGGAUGGAGGAGACGAUGGUGUUGUCAGUGCGGAUGGUGAAGUAUUGCCCGUCGAGGGUGAGUGGGCAAGUCCUUGAUGGAGGGGGUCUCGGUGGUGUUGCGGGGGAAAUGUUGGGACAGUACGGCUCCAUUGGCGAAGUCGGAGGCGUCAGUGGUGACAUAGAAAUGGCAAAUGGGGUCGGCGAUCUCAAGGACAGGGGCCGUGGUGAUGCUUUGCUUGAGGGUCCAUACGGAUGCCUUCAGCGGAGACGAUGUGGCCGAGGUAUUCGACGCUUGAAGCGGCAUGGCGUAGAAUUUUUGCUCUUGGAGGAUCGAGAGGACUUGGCAGAGGUAUUGAAGGUGGGACUCGAAGGUGGGGCUGAAGACAAGGAUGUCAUCAAGGUAGACGAUGACGCGGACUUCGAGGAGGUUGCGGAAGAUGUGGUUCAUGGAACCGAGAGAGGAAGGCGGUCUUGUGGGUGUCCUCCUCGCGGAUACGGAUCUGGUGGAAGCCACUGCGAAGGUCGAUCUUGGUGGUUUGUCGGUGACCCAAUUGGCGACAACGGAAGCAGCCCCAUUUGCUUGGAGGUAGGUGCACUCCUCGGGGAUGAACGCAAAGUCGGGAAUGACGGUGGUGGGGAGGUCGUGGCGGAGGGAACGGACAUAUUGGACGAAGCGGUCCGUGGGACCGGUCUGGCGGAGGUGGCAGAAUUGUUCAAGGUAGUCAUCAAUGGUUUUCUGGGGGCUAAAAGUGGCAGUGAGAAGGUUGGCCCAUUGGAAGAAGGUGUGACGUGGUCCUCUGGAGGCUCGGCGGUUGCUGACUUCAGCCAUCCACCAUUUGGCGGCAUUGCCGAGGAGGCGGGAGGGGGCAAUGGGGAGCCAGUGGGCAAGGUGCAGGUGGUGGAGGUGAAAAGAGUUUUGGAGCUGGAUGGAGUGGAUGCGGUGGCUGAGGCGACGACUGCCGAUGAGGUGGAGGCAGACACGGCGGCAGCGGCAGCGGCGGCGGCGACGGCGGCUGCGCGUUGGGAGGUCUUGGUUUGGCAUGGUGGCAUGUGGAGAUGUAGGUGUGGCAGGGGUGGGGGUGGGGAGGGUAUUUACAACAUGAAUUGAUUUAUUCAAAAAUAAGUAAAGGUUUUUGCCAAAACGAUAAUGAAUAAAAUGAGAAUUA